AUGAGUGCAAACCAGUCCCUCUGCACCCAAUUCACACUUGCGGCGUUUUCCUCUCUAGCAGAGUUACAACCUGUGCUCUUGGUUGUGUUCUUAUCCAUUUACUUGUUUACAGUGGGAGGAAACCUGCUCAUCAUCUGCUUGGCCUGGAGCACCCCUCCCCUGCACACUCCCAUGUACUUCUCCCUGGUUAACCUCUCCUUUCUGGAGAUGUGCUAUACCACCAGCGUGGUGCCUCAGAUGCAGGUGCACCUGCUUGUGGAGACCAAGACCAUAAGUGUGGGGGGCUGUGCAGCUCAGAUGUACGUAUUUACUAUCUUGGGACUGACAGAAUUCUGCCUGCUAGCAGCCAUGGCUUAUGACCGCUUUGCAGCUAUUUGUCACCCCCUGCAUUACACUCCCCUGAUGGGCCCUCGCGUGUGUUUGAAAUUGGCUGCAGCAUCUUGGACCACCAGGGUCAUGGUGGAGUCAGCCCAGACCACGUGGAUCUUCACUCUGCCCUUGUGUGGAACCGGAAAGAUCCAGCACUUUUUUGGUGACAUCAUGCCCAUAGUGAAACUGGCUUGUGUUGAUACCUCCCACAAUGAGACUGUGAUGCCCGCUCUCUCUGUGCUCUUUAGCAUGAGCCCCUGUUUCCUCAUUCUGUGCUUCUAUGUGUGCGCUCUGGUGACUGUCUUGAGAAUCCCUUCAGGCGCUGGCGGAAGCAAAGCUUUCUCCACUUGCUCUUCUCAUAUCCUGGUUGUUUCUCUCUUCUACGGCACUGCCUUGUUCACUUAGCUCCAACCGAAGUCUGCACACACUCCAGGAACAGACAAAGCAACGGCACUCAUGUACACUGUGGUCACACCUGCUCUGAAUCCUGUUAUCUACACCUUAAGGAACAAGGAAGUGAAGGAAGCCUUUCAAAAAUUAACACGAAGGAACCUUCUUAGGCAAAUGGCCUAA